GGCUCGAAAAGAAACCCAACUUAGCUGAUGUGGACCCUGAAAUUCACAGCUAAAGCAUGUUUGUAAGAUAGUUUUCAAUUCAUUCUGGAAGAUUAUCAGAGGAGGAUCAGAGUCCUAAGGUAAGAGAAUGGACUUUGUGAGGAGGCGACUCUCCCAGGGAGGGAGCAGUGAUGACGAGGGGAAAUCACUCUCCUCAAGCUUCUCCGAGGGAACCUCCAGGUUCUUCACCUCAAUGGUGGCCAAGAAAAAUGGACUUAUUAAUAACUUAUCCUCCAAACUGGAGAAUGUGAUGAAGACCUCCUCUAGUCCAGAGGAUUCAGACUCUGAAUCGGUUAGUCCAGCACAGACCCCAAGUUCUAAUUAUAGCUCCUACAGUAACGGAAGCAGGAAUUUCAGGGGAGAUGACUUCUCAAAUCAGCCAUAUCGAUCAAAGAAAAAGACAGAGAGAAUUGGCAUUCCACGAAGACAGAGCUCGUCUGGGUAUUCUGACAGCAGUGGGAAUGAUGAAGUGGCUGCUGGAAACAUCAGCUUUGAUGAGCCAAUAUACUCACCAACAUCAAAAUCAACAUUUAACUAUGAUUCUAAAGAACAUAUGCUGAAAUCAAAUUGUGUGGGCUUGAAGAAAGUUAAUAAUGAAGACCAGGCCAAAAUACAAAACAUUUCACAAAACACUUUUGAAAGUGAAAGUAAAAGUAAGGUAACAUCAGAUCUACCAAAGACAGAGAGUCGGGAGGCUUCAUCUGACAAUAAAUCAACAGAAGAAGGGGAAAAUGACAGUGAAGAGGACAAAAAUUCAAAAGUCUUCCCUGUGGAGAAGAGUGAAAAAGAGACAAACAUCGAUGUUGUGAAUGAGUACAAGAGAGCACCAAAAAUGAAACGCCGAUCCAGUACGGUGGAUGAAAUGUUGUUUGACGACUACGUACCACCCGAAGAACCUGAGUAUGAGGAAAAUUCAGGUGAAAAUGGAGAUGAAAACUCAAAUUCCAAGAGAAAAACUCUGAUUCCUAUGGGGGAUUUGAUGUCUUUUGAUGAUGACCCUGAAAAAGAAAUUGUGAAUCGUCGGAAAGUUCCCAUUGGAGAUGAAAAGUUAUCUUCCUUUACCAGUGUCUCUAGCAUUGACAGUUCUGAGUACAGUGUGGGCAAUAAUCAUAAUGGUAACGAGUCAACUUCUGAGUCUGAGUUUGGAGGCUUCCCUGUCAAACGAACAUACUCAAUGGGAUCUGAAAACUCUUGGAGUUCAUCAUAUAGUAUAGACAGUCAGCCUGACGAACGAACACUGGAGUGUAUGGAGUUUAUGAAAGCCUUUGUGGAUCAAAUAUUUGACCCUAGCAAGGAAAUUUCUCAAACAGAAAAGGCAAAAUUUGGAGAGUUUUGUCAGGAGGUGGCCGGGAGACAAUGGUUUGCACGAUAUGUCAAUGGACAGAGGGUACAUAACAAGCGGGUGACAGAGCAGAUAUUUUUCCAGCUGGUGCAGUAUUUUGCAGUUGUGCUGUUUGAAUGUGGGGAGGCUGAAGAUUUUACUCCUGCCAAGUCACUCAUGAACAUGUGCUUCACUUUCUACUAUGAAGGUUGCCAUGGUAAGAACUUCCUGUACAGUUACCUUAGAGACCAGCCUAUCUGGCAGUCACUGAGGUUCUGGAAUGCUGCAUUCUUUGAUGCAGUACAGCUGGAGAGAUCCAAGAGACCUGUCUGUACCAGCGAUGAAGGUGAUGAUCAACAGAAGGAUGACAGACAGUUCCAGGAAAACAUCACCUUUGGACAGCUAGGGACUUUCACGUGCAAUAUGAGGGCAUUUGGUUUGUCCAAGGAACUGUGUGUAGAAUUUCUGAGGAAACAAUCAAUAAUUGCCAACCUGAAAAGGGAACAAGUCCAAAUGUUAAAAGACAACGUAGACAAAUGGCGGGAAUCUUAGCCUGUGAACCUACAUUCCAAGAAAGAUAACUCUACAUGUUGCAGAGAAACAUCAGUCAAUAUGCAUUGUUUUUAUCAGCUUUAUUUGAGUUUAUGUAAAAACACUCCUCUGUGUAAACUGCAGUAAAGUUUUAAAGAUAAUAAUUUUUGUUAAUUGUUAAACAUUUUCAAGAUUUCUGAAAAAAAGAAGAAGAACCAUAGUAAGUUUUUCGUUCCCAGUUUCUGUCAUUCCAUUGGGUUUGGUAAACUAAAGAUGUAUGAUUGAAAUGUUCAGAAAUUCUAUUUUUGUGGUUGAUGGACUGUCAAUGUCUACAAAACUGGAAGAUCAUAAUUACAUGUGUAUCAUGGAUACAGUCUAUUCUGGUCCAUGAACAUUGUCAAAGAUAAUGUACUGGAAUACUUUUUAUUUCAAUGGAUUCAGCUUUUCAAAUACAUGUAUGUAUGUAGUGAUUGGGUUUCAUUUAGUAAAACUAAAUGAUAAGUUUAAACUCAUUUAGAUGUUAAACUUUACAUACUGUAAUAAACAUGGUGCAAUAUUGUUGAAAUGUUAAUACUGUAGUUACCGGUAUUUUAAAUUAUUUACAAAGUUGUUAUUCAUAGCAUUUAUUGUUUACUUUUAUUUCAGAAUUCUAGAAUAUGUACAAUUUUUCAUUUCUUUUUUUUUUUUAAACAUAUUUUUUGAAGACAUUCCUUUAUUUUCAUGAAAUCCACACUGAGUGUUCCAAAGAGGUGUAAUAUAUAUGUUUUCUUUUUCCUUGUUGAUUUUUAGAGAUGUAUAUCAUUCUGUAAAGAACAUGAUAGGGUAAGACCCAUUUUUGGCCCCUGGUUUGAGAUGUUCUUUAGAAUGAUGCAACAAUUUAUAAAUUGAAAACCACUUAUCACCCCUGCCACAAAAUGAGAAUUGGUUCUUAGUUAUGGGAUACACAGAUGUCACAGGAAGGUCAUAAAAUAUGUCAAUUUUUGCACUUUUUGGCAAAUUUUCAUCAAUUUUACAGCAUAUUUUCUUUCACAAAACAUAGAGCACAAGCUUGUCUAUCUACCAGAUUUAUAUAUUUCAUACAUAAGUAUCAGAUGCAUCUUUUGUGUAAAAAUCUCAGAUAGGCAAGCUUGUGCUCUAUGUUUUCUGAAGUGAAAAUUAUCUCAAAUAUGACAAAAUUCCACCAAAAUUGAGAAAAUCAGGAAAACGUCCUAUUUCUGCACCCUUUUGUGGCCUACAUGUAAGCAUUGAACCAAAGUUAGUCUGAUCUUAAAACAAGCAUCAAUUUAAGUUCUUAACUACAAACUAUCACAGUUUUAACUGUGUACUGAUUUUUACACCAAAUAAGGGGCCAGAUUCAGUGGUUACCCUAUCUUGCCCUUUCUGUUUUUUAUUUAUUGUUGCUAUCUAAAUUUUUUCAAGAGACUAAAUUUCUAGAUGUAAAAAUUUCUGUCUGUAUCUUUUGAGACAGAAUUUUGUGGAUGUUUGACACUAGUUAUGGUUGUGUAUCAGUUGUUUGCACAUGUUACAGUGGGUAGUUGUAUGGUUGUACAUGUAUAUACAGGUAUAAUUAGAUCUGUAACACUGUAGUCUUUCAGUACUCAUGUCAAAAAAGUGAUAUUUGUUAUUUGAAUUGUUCAGCUCCUGUGAGUCAUUCCAUUUUAUAUUUUGUUUUUGUGUUGUCUGAAGAAAUAUUAUUAGUCAUGUAGGUGUUGCUUCUAUUGCAAAAUGACAUGUGGGUUGAUUUUAUCUUUGUCUCUCAGAUUUUCUCUCUCAACCAUUUUAAAUUGCAUAUUAAAUCUAUCAUUACUUGCUGAACAGAAAAAUAAUCAAAUAUUGUUUUACAUUAUUGAAUACCUUUUAUAAUUAGACAUUUAUAACAGUAUAUGUGACAGAACUUAUAAUGUUAGACUAGUCUCUAUGUUGAAGCUAGAUAAAGCUAUAAUUAGCAUUGUAGAGGCCUGUUUUCUGCCUCGCCUGAGUAAAAUCUGUGAUAGUCCUAAAUGUUGUUAUCUUGUUUCUGUAGGAACCAAUAGGAUCAAUACUCUGUGUUCAGUCAGACAAAAAUGCAAUAAAUCUUAUAAAAGAAAA